UUGUGUCAAAUAUGUCAUUAAUAUUUUAUUUAUAUUUUAUAAAAUUAUCAACAUUUCGCGCGAAAUUAUUUAUCCGUGGAGUCUCGAAACAAUGUAUGAGGGAGCGCUGUUAAAAAAACUGUACAGUUGUGGACGUGGGGUACUAUGUUUACCUGUGUUGUGAAUAUUAGUUAUUAUAACCUAAAAAUAUUUUGUGAUAUUUUGUGUUUUUCUAAGUGUUUUAGUGCUUUUUUCGUGUAUUUUAAUUAUACAGAGUGAGUGAUAGUGUUUUGUGAGCGUGCUGACCACUAUGAUGUAUCCAGUUGCUGCGGUAUCGGCAGCCGCAAAAGGAGCUACCUUUGGAGGUUCUUUGAAGACGUGGAAGACAAUAUGGUUCGUUGUGGACUGUGCGAUAAAAUAAUGUACGGGAACAUGCCACGCCAUCUUAGAUGUGUCCACCCUAAGGCUUACAUACAGUGGCAGAAAGAAGUGAAUUUACACAGACGUAGGCAAAAAGAACUAAAAGAAGCUAUGGAAUCGCGUAGAAUCCGUAAAUGUUUCGACGGAAAAAAAAGAAGUUCAUUAUGGGAAUACUAUGAGGAUAUGGGCUCUAACAUGUGUAAAUGCAAGGUGUGUGGCAUCACUAUGAAGCACAAUAAGUCAAGGCAUUUGGAGAAAAAACACCCGAACGUUUACAGACAAUAUCUAAACGAAAGGCGGACUUCCGAAGAGGUUAAACCACCAGCGAAGGAUGUUUCCGAGAGUCGUCCCUGGGCACGGCGAGGUUGGGUCAAACGAUUCCUUAGAAGGCUUGAUGAUAGACGUUGUGAAUGUACUGUUUGUCAUAAAGUACUUAGAAUGCCUGUUGGUGAUAAUAGUAACAUGAAAAGACAUGUCCGUACGAAACAUCCAUUUUAUUAUCAACGUGAAGUGAAAGCGUACAGAGAAGAACAAAAACAAAAAAAGGAAAUAGAAUCUGGACAAUUCGAAGUUAUAGAGUAUCUUGUGGAAGAUUUAGAUUCAGAUGAUCCUUUGCUUAGUACUGAUCACCUAAUUAAUGAAAUAGAAAGGAAAGAGACAAAUGUAACUGAUUCGGACAAAACCGAUCCUGAAACAGAAAAUGAGCUAGUAGAUGAUGAAGUUUUUAAGGAUGAUAGUGAUGUUAUUCUAAACAAAUCUAUAGAAUUUGUAACUUUGUCUCUAACCGAUCCUAAUAUUGAAGAAAAAAUCAAGGAGCUCUGUGUUAAAGAUGUUGCAGGAGCACGAAGCAAACAUAAGACGUGUUUUUGGAACUUCUUUUUUGAAAUCGACGAUAACUUAUACAGAUGCAUGUUUUGUGAAAAAGAUAUUGUCAUAUUCCCAAAGAGUGUUGCAAAUUUGAAAAGGCAUAUUUCAAUUAUGCAUCGUCAGCAGUUUGAGCUUAUACUCAAGUACGCGCCACAUUAUGACAAUUGUAAGAAGAAGAAAAUUCCAUAUUCAGAUAUAGACGAUGAAAUUAAACUGGAGUUCGAAGUGCUGGAACACGGUUGUUACAAAUGCAAGAUAUGUAGUAAGUUCAUUCUGUGUGGUGACAAUUCCCAAAUGCUAACAAAGCAUGUCGAAGAGGCGCACAGAGGUGUAACUUCCAUUGAAACUGAGUCUGUAAUAGUCGCCGACAGUGACUUUGUCGUGGGCAUGGAGGAAGAACAUGAGGAAUAAUUAGAUGAUAAUGUUAUAUUCUUUCAAUAUUUCAAUAUACAUUUUAAAUGAUAGAUCUAGCGGCGCUGAAUACUAACAAAAGUGUAAAUAUGUAACAUGCUAUUUCAAGUUUAAAAAAAAUAAAGUCUGUAAUUUACUUAGAUUAUGGUGUAUUACAUUUUUUUGUUAUUAAGUAAUAGCUGGACUUCUGCUUGUUUUAGAAAUUACAAUUUAACCCUGUGUGUAAAAAAAUGUAAAAAUGGCAAAACUUUGCUAAUUAGUUUAGUUUUCGCAAAUUAUUUAUAUUUAGUGAGAUAAGUGUGUUGUUAUGCGAGUUAUCGAUGAAACUCCUAAUUUUUAUUAUUUUCAUGAAGUACAUUUUGUAAAUAGAACUUUACCGUUGAACAUGUUUUAGUUGUAUAAUAUUUGAAAAUUCUGACAGAUGGUUUUUGUUUAAUAAACGGUGCUCUUAUUCUUUUGUU